GUCCAACAUCUUAUAUUCCUUUUUUAUUUCCUUUCUCUUUUGGUUUUAAAUUAUAUCAGAUGGAACUGCCAUGAGAGAUUCAAAUAGAGGAACAUUGAAAGGUUUCUGCUUCUCUCUGCAUCAAUCUUCUUUUCUUUCCUUUUGAUUUGCAGGUUUUGAGGUGAGAGACUGUGAGGAAGAGAACCCAUUUCAAAUAUCCAAAAGACUCUGUCUGGAAGAUAGUUUUUCCUUCCCCAGAUCUCUCUCUCUUUCUCUCUUUCUUCCUUGAAAAAAAUACCCAUAUUUGGAUUUGAUGUCCUGAGAUUGUAGUACUACACAAUGAGGGACAUAGGUUCUUGUUUGAGUGAAAAUGCCAUAAAUGUCAUAAAUGUGUCUCAUUCUUCUUGUUCUAGUUAUCCAAACAAUGCUUGUAUUUCUUCUUCAAGCCUAACCCCAUCUGUUCAAAAUGCUGUCACUUGUGUUUACAAAGUCAUUCUCUCCAAUCAAAAGCUGUUCAUGAUCAAAGUCACUUGGUGCAAGAACCAAACCACUCAGAAACUCACCAUAAACUUCAACAAUGAGACUUCAUCAUCUUUCAAGCUCAAUACAAAUUCAAGACUAUUCAGGAAGAAUAAAGGAACCAAAAUGAUCGAAUCCGAUACUUCUUCGAAGAUCGAAGUCUCCUGGGAUCUCUCCAACGUUAAAUAUGGCACAGGGCCUGAACCUGUUGAUGGGUUUUAUGUACUAAUCAUGGUUGAUUCAGAGAUAGGCCUUAUUUUGGGUGAUCUUGGUGAAGCAGCCAUGGCCAAGAAGUUCAAAACCAGUAAUCCAGCAGCCAAAGUGAGUCUAAUUUCAAGGCAAGAGCAUUGUUCAGGAAACAGUUUGUAUACAACCAAGGCUCAGUUCUGUGACACUGGGAUUCAACAUGACAUUUUGAUUAGAUGUAGUGGAGAAAAUGAAGGCCUGAAUUACCCAGUUAUGUCUGUUUGUAUCGAUAAAAAGACGGUGAUUCGCGUCAAGAGGCUGCAGUGGAAUUUUAGGGGAAAGCAGACAAUCUUUGUUGAUGGGCUGCUGGUUGAUCUAAUGUGGGAUUUACAUGACUGGUUCUUCAAUCCUGGUUCAGGAUCAUAUGCUGUGUUCAUGUUCAGGACAAGAAGCGGAUCGGAUAGCAGCCUUUGGCUGGAGGAGAAGUUGGUGCAGAGAGACCAAGAGAGAGUUGAAUUCUCCUUGUUGAUAUAUGCCAAAUUCUGUACCAUUUAAUGCUCUUCACAAAUUAGAGGUAUUCAUCCUCUCCUUGAUUUGUUUGGCACAUGGUUUCUCUUUAAACCAUGCAGGAUCAACUCCUCAAAAGAAAUCAUUUUCUUUUACAAAGGAUUGUAGAUGGAGCUACUACAUACAUAAACCAAGCUUGCAAUGUAAGCAAUGAGGGUAGCUAGGGACCAUAGGACUUCAUUGAUGUGGUCAAAGCUUGUGAUUAAGGGUGCAGGAGGGCAUGUGUAAUUCAUGAAAGAAGAUUUUGUGAACUUUUUUUGUAUGAAUAUACUCAUUGAGGCUUGCUUGAUAUUGGGACAAUGGUUUGUUGUAGUCCCCCUUCAUGGACCACCUCUCAUGUCCUUUGGGCUCACCAUUUUAUUACUUCCCCCACAAAGAGCCAAAUCCUUUUGUAUUAAUUGACUGGCUGGAAAUGAUCCAUAUUGUCCAAGCUUUGAACAUCAUGUACUAUGUUUCAUUCAUCAUGUAAGAAAUCACUUCUUACUUUCAUUUAAAAAUAGUGUAUAUUUGUUGACUUUACACAAUGA